GGAAUGUACUCUAACAACAUUUUAGAAAUUUCAGUGUAUUUACCCUGCAUGUACAAAAUUGACGUUGUUACUUUAAUUUGACAUAUCUAAUUUAUUAAAAUAGCAGGAUUGGCCUUGUGUACUUGAUUGAGCAUCUUUCCUGUGACGUCAGUGCAGUUGCUUCAGCUGGGAUCGCACCGCACGGGCGUUUAACCGGCAGACCACAACAAAACAGUUCCAUCUACAGAGCCCCUUCUAAUGCCAAAAAUGGCUACUCAGGAACUGCAGCCAAACGAGACCCUUGUGACACUGAAAACGGAGUCCGACACCCUGAAGAUAAAGCUGGAGGAGGAGAGAGCAAAACUGCACGAUGUCGAAUUGCAUCAGGUGGCGGAGAGGAUGGACCCGCUCGGUCAGUUUGUCAUGAAGACGAGAAGGACGCUGAAGGGACAUGGCAACAAAGUUCUGUGCAUGGACUGGUGCCGGGACAAGAGAAGGAUCGUGAGCUCCUCACAGGAUGGAAAAGUGAUUGUAUGGGACGGAUUCACUACUAAUAAGGAACAUGCAGUGACCAUGCCAUGCACAUGGGUUAUGGCUUGUGCUUACGCCCCCUCUGGCUGUGCAGUGGCCUGUGGAGGACUGGAUAAUAAGUGUUCAGUGUACCCCCUCUCCCUGGACAAGAAUGAGAACCUUGCUUCCAAGAAGAAGUCUGUUGCCAUGCACACCAACUACCUGUCUGCCUGCAGCUUCACUAACUCUGACAUGCAGAUCCUGACAUCAAGUGGAGAUGGGACAUGCGCAUUGUGGGAUGUGGAGAGCGGGCAGCUGUUGCAGAGUUUCCAUGGCCACGCUGCAGAUGUCCUCUGUUUGGACCUGGCCCCUUCAGAGACCGGCAACACCUUUGUCUCAGGGGGCUGUGACAAGAAGGCCAAUGUGUGGGACAUGCGUUCUGGCCAAUGUGUUCAGUCCUUUGAGACUCACGAGUCAGACAUUAACAGUAUCAGGUACUACCCCAGUGGUGAUGCUUUUGCUUCGGGCUCUGAUGAUGCUACUUGUCGUCUGUUUGACCUGCGGGCGGACAGAGAGGUGGCUAUCUAUUCCAAAGACAGCAUCAUAUUCGGAGCUUCCAGUGUGGACUUCUCUCUCAGUGGCCGACUGCUGUUCAGCGGGUACAAUGACUACACCAUCAAUGUGUGGGAUGUGCUGAAGGGAACCAGGGUGGCCAUCCUCUUUGGUCACGAGAACCGCGUCAGCACCCUGCGUGUUUCCCCGGAUGGGACGGCUUUCUGCUCUGGGUCCUGGGACAACACUCUGAGGAUCUGGGCCUAAGGUGUUUUCUCAGAAGGAAGGAUCAGGACCCUGUGAAUGUCAUUUUAGUUAGUCAGGAUGCACCUCCCCCUUGUAUGUCUCCAAUAAUGCAGAACAGACUCACACUGAGUGCAUCUGUGGAAGCACAAUAAUGUACACGCAUAUUUUCUUGUACCAUGCACCACUAAAUAUUUUAGAUCAGUGGUUCUUAACCUUGUUGGAGGCACCGAACCCCACCAGUUUCAUAUGCUCAUUCACCGAACCCUUCUUUAGUAAAAAAACUAACUAACUGCAGACUAGACUGAGGGGUGGACCUCUGCGGCGGAGGCUCCACCGAACCCCUGAGACCGACUCACCGAACCCCUAGGGUUCGACCGAACCCAGGUUAAGAACCACUGUUUUAGAUAUUCUCUCCUAUGUAUAUUUUUUCGUUGCUUGGCGACAACAAUUGUAGAUGUGUCUACAGUAUGUGCAAAUUCAGAAACCUCUGGUAUCACUCAUUGUAGUGAUAUAACACGAUAUGACAAUAUAGGUUAUGUAAUGUUCCUGUUUUAUUUAUUUUAAUUGUUGCUCUUGUUGAUUUUCCUUCCUGUGAUAUUUACAUUACCUUUUAUAGAAAAUAAUUUCUAAAUAACAGAAGUAAUCAGUAUUAUUUUUUUAUUUGGUUCUGAGAUAGUAAAGAGAAACAGUGGAUAAUUGCUGUAUAUGAUCUAUGUGAAUUUAAAUGCAUGCUUAACAAAGAUUGUAUCCACACAUUAGAAAACUGGUCAAACUGAAACCACUCACUCAGCAGUAGUUAAUGGCAAGAAGUUUAAAAGUCAGCUUCAGCUGAAGAUAACCCAAUGAAUGUGUUGGAUAGAGGCAUUAGUUAUUUCUCUGUGCAGAUGGAUGAAUUCUAUAUCUCCAUGUUUAACAGGUACAACCAAAUCCAUCUCUCCUUCAGCCUUCUGUCAGUUUUUUCUGGAGUAGAAUUCAGAUAUUGAUUGAGAUUAUAAUUAAAGAAUGUUUGGCAUUUACUCUCUGUGCAAUACAGUACUAGAGCAAACUAGACGUAAAACCAUUUAGGUACCCUAUAAAGGAAUUUUCAAUAUUGUUCUAAUAUCUGUCAUUUCUUUAAGUUGAAUGUUCAUGUAAUAUGUUACUUCCCUGUGUGCUCAGUCUACAUCAUCCAAUUAAAUGGUAUUUUAAAUAUUUUAAA